UUCUGUAGGCAAUACCCGGAGCGAUGCAAUGUGUUACGAGGCUUGCCCUCCGGUUUUCUCGAAUCACAAACCAGCCAAUGACUGGCGACGGUGUGGUAAAUGACGAACGCCAACCUAACGACAGCGACAUAACAGGGCUGUUCGCCCGAGGUGCAGAAUUUAUUCAGGAAAUACCGGGGCGCGACCACUUGCAUCAUAGGCUUGGCUGUCGACCGCUUUUUACGCCGCUUAAGGGAAUCACAUUCGUCUUUGGUCCGCAAGAAACUUGCCCUGUUUAAGUGUAGUAAAAGUUUAUAAAACCAGGGACCACGCACAGCGCGCUUUUAGUUUUGCCCGGGACUUUAGUACCGACGUUUAUCGAGAAGAUCGUUCAACCGACACUGAAAUCAUGUUCAGAUUGCUGGUAAGCAAACAGACAGAAGAAACCUCGACACUUUCCACUUUUUCAAUUUCGUGAUAUUCACUGAUUGUUAUGUCUCAAUUUAGGAACAGAGUAGCGCGUAUCUAGUUGUUCUUUCAUGUACGGGAUAAAGAAAUGAUAAGCGAGUUUCUAACGUUUCGAGGUACUUGUACAUUCUAAAAUAUUUAUGUGAUCUCUAGAUACCGUGCCUGAUAUGGCUGUCAAGCGUCCGCUCGGAAACCGCAGUGGACAUGCACAUGCACAUGCCGGAUGGCAUGAUGGAAGACAAAGCGGCUAUGAAAAGGGAGUCGUAUUAUAACCCGUGCCCUCCGACUUACUCGCAUCCUAUCUCGUACUCGCCGCCACCGCAAAUUUACGUGAAACCGUACGUGCAACCAGCGCCGAUACAGUACAUUCCGAAACCGAUGAUCACCUACGUGAAACCAUCUCCACCACCGGUCGUUGUGAAACCAGCCCCGGUAAUCGUAAAGCCGAUCGUUCAACAAAAAGUGGUUUACCCGAUCUAUCAGAAACCAAUGAUCUCGUAUGCGCCAAUCUAUCAAAAACCCAUCUAUUACGCGCCUAUGUAUCAGAAAUUGAUGUAUCAGGCACCUAAGGUGUACUUGAAGAAAUACGAACUACCGAUUACUCAAGUGAUUCAGAAGCCUCAGAUUUCAUAUCCCAUUCAGUACCAUCAGCCGAAAGUGGUACAGAUCCCGGCGCCACAGAUCAAUUUGGUGAAGCUCGCACAACCUAUCGUUCAUACACAGCCUAUUUACCAGUCGCCCAUAAAACCGUACUGCCCUUAAGAAAAAUUCAUGGACAAAUGUCACGGUGCG